CUUUGAAUCUGCCGCGUGAUCGGACCCUUCCGGACCCGGAAAGAACCGAACCCAGUUAACCCGGGUACGGGCACUGCAGGACCCGAUUUCUCUCUUUGAAGCUCUUGCGCAGAAACCAGCUAAAACCCAAAACCCCAUGCCGCUCGCACACCCUUCUGAAAUCUCUCAAACUCCCAAAAUAUAACAUCCAAUCUACAUCGAUUUCAGUAUAUUUUCAUCUUUCCAGAAAACCCAAUAAAGGAAAAGAGAAGAAAAGCACUAUCUCCUUCAGUAAAUGGCGUUGAGGACUGCUUCUUCUUCUUCUUCUACUUCAAGAAAUGCUCAAAAGGGUACUGAUCUCUUUCCAUCUCUUUCUUCUCUUUUCAAAGACCCACUUCAGAUUUCCUCUUCCAAUUCUAAAACUGCAAAAAAUUCAACUACCCAUCUUCAGAAUCCAACACAAUUCGAAGAUUUUGUUAAAAACCGGUGCCGGGCGGGACCUGUCAAGCUACCCGAUGCAAUGGGUCUCUUCGAUCAAAUGCUUCUCAUGCGACCAUCACCGUCCAUCUGCACAUUCAAUCUCCUGUUGGGGGCUGUCACCAAAACCAGACAAUACUCGUCUGUCCUAUCCAUGUACAGAAGAAUGAAUUCGGUUGGUUUCGAACCCGAUUUUUACACACUUAAUAUUUUGCUCAAUUGUUGUUGCAAUGCGAAUUGCGUCCGUUCUGGUUUCGGGGUUUUCGGGGAUAUUCUCAAGCGGGGCCAUGAACCCAAUUCGGUUACUUUCACGGCAUUGAUUAAGGGGCUAUGUGUAGAGGAUAGGAUUGAAGAGGCGACCGGCUUUUUUACGAGAAUGGUAGAAGUGGGCUGCCUGCCGAGUGUAGUCACCUACGGCACUCUCAUUAAUGGGUUAUGUCGGGCGGGCCACACGGGCCUCGCUGUCCGAUUGCAUCAUGAAAUGAUGAAAGGUUGUGGCAAGUGUAAGCCGAAUAUUGUGACAUAUAGUAUUAUCAUCGAUAAUCUCUGUAAAGAUGGGUUGGUAGAUGAGGCUCUGGAGCUAUUCUCAGAAAUGGUUGGCAGGAGAAUUUCCCCAGAUGUUGUUGUUUAUAGUUCUAUAAUUCAUGGCCUUUGCAAUGUGGGAAGGUGGGAAGACGCCACGAGACUUUUCAAGGAAAUGCUGGAUAAUGGGGUCUCCCCGAAUGUGGUAACAUUCACUGUGUUGAUGGAUGCAUUAUGCAAGGAAGGGAAGACAAUGGAUGCGUACGGAUUGUUAGAAGUUAUGAUUCGAAGAGGGGAAGAGCCCGAUGCCAUCACAUAUAAUACGUUGAUGGAUGGAUUUUGUCUGGAGGGUCGGGUUGAUGAAGCGGGGAAGAUCUUCGAAUCUUUGGUCAGUAGGGGAUGUGGAGACGAUGUUGUUAGCUACAAUGUGUUGAUUAACGGUUAUCGCAGGAGCGGGAGGAUGAAGAAGGCUAUGGAGCUCUAUUGGGAAAUGCUUACCAAGGGAGUCCGACCCACGGUGGCUACCUACAAUACAUUGUUACGUGGGCUUUGCCAGGAUGGGCAAGUUCAGGCUGCACACAAACUAUUCGAUGAGAUGCAUGACCGUGGACAAUGUGCUGAUAUCCUGACAUACACAACAGUGUUGGAUGGCCUCUGCAAGAACCAAUGCCUUUCUGAGGCAAUGGACCUGUUCCGGGCCAUUGAGGGUUUGAAACACAAACCUUCUUUGAAGAUGUUCAACACCCUCAUGGGCGGGAUGUGUAAAGCUGGGAAGCUUGAAGCUGCUAGAGAAUUGUUUGAUGAUAUUCCUCGUAAAGGUUUGGUGCCUGAUGUUGUAACUUACACCAUCAUGAUUAAUGGUCUCUGUAAAGAAGGGCAGUUGCAUGAGGCAAAUGCCUUGGUCUUACAGAUGGAAGAAAAAGGAUGUGAGCCAAAUGUAGUAACAUUUAACACACUUUUGCGGGGUUUUUGCCAAAAGAACGAGAAGCAUAAGGCAAUGGAACUUCUCCGUAGAAUGGUUGAGAGAAAUCUUGCACCAGACGCAUCCACCGCCUCUAUAGUAGUAGGUUUGUUAUCAAAUGAUGGAUGGUAUGAUGAGUGUUUUGAUUUGCUUCCAAAUUUUCUGCCAAAGCAACGAGGGAAAGGUGAUGUGUUGAGUAUUGAGUCUCUAGUGUCAACUUUUGAGGACCAGUCUUGUGGAAUUCUUGUUAAAACUCAGCAUACUUCUAAAACAAGCUUUUGACAUGAGAGCUUUUUACUGUCUCAAUGCAAUUUAAUUCUUUGCAGUGGCUUUUGGG